AUGUGCACCACCACCAAGUGCACCAACACCAAGUGCACCAACACCAAGGGCAUCAACACCAAGGGCAUCAACACCAAGGGCAUCAACACCAAGGGCAUCAACACCAAGGGCAUCAACACCAAGGGCAUCAACACCAAGGGCAUCAACACCAAGGAGUAG